AUGUUGCGGAGUUGCUAUUCAGUGCGAACACGCUCUCUGGCUCUUGCAAAGUCAUUAUACCAGAAACAAGCCAGUGGAUGGUGGUCAACAAGGUCCUAUGCAUCAUUGAAAAAGGAUGACGAAGACAUCAACCACAGGUAUUCCAAGACUUUAUCAUUACCGGAAACCACAUUCCCAAGCCGUUCGUCUCCUGAAUUGAAUAGUGAAUAUCUACAUACAUCAACUGAGGAAUUGUACCAAUACCAGUCACUGAAAUCACCAAAAGCGUUCAAGAAUGAAGAGCUAUUCGUUUUGCAUGAUGGUCCACCGUAUGCUAACGGCGAUUUGCAUUUGGGACAUUCUAUCAAUAAAGUGUUGAAAGACAUCGUCAAUAGAUCAAGGCUUCUUAACAAUAAACAACAAGUCAUGUAUAUUCCAGGUUUUGAUUGCCAUGGUCUACCAAUCGAGCUUAAGGCCCUCAAUUCGUUGAAAGAACAAGAUCCAACCAAAAAGUCCAAAAAAAAGUCCAAGAAAAACAAGAAUGUUGAUGAAGAUUUGACUACUCAAUUAUCAGCAGUUGAAGUCAGAAAAAUGGCGAAAAGUCAUGCGUUGAAAACUAUUGUCAAACAAACUGAAGCUUUCAAGAAAUUCGGAGUUAUGGGAGAAUGGGAAAAACCUUAUAGAACUUUAGAUAAGCAUUUUGAAUUAAAUCAAUUGAAAAUCUUCAAAAAAAUGAUUGCACAAAAUAUGAUCAAGAGGCAAAAGAAACCAGUGUAUUGGGGUUGUGAAACCGGUACUGCUUUGGCCGAAGGGGAAUUGGAAUAUAACGAUAAACAUAGAUCUACCACAGCGUAUUUGAAAUUCCCGAUCAUCGAAGUCAAUACAGAAUUAAGUCAAUUGUUGAAGGAACACAAUAUUAAUCCAAGUAACAUCUCUGCGUUGAUUUGGACUUCUACUCCUUGGACCAUUGCGGCAAAUAAGGCCAUUUGCGUCAAUGAGAAGUUCGACUAUACUCUCCUUUAUUCAAAAGAAAGCGGCGAAUAUCUUUUGGUAUUACAAGAUCUACAGGAGCUGAUUUUACUGUUGAAACCUGAAAUUGCGCAAGAGUUCCAAAAAACCGAUAUAAUUAUCCCAGGAAGCCUGUUGUCGAAAACUUUUUAUGAAAACCCUGCAAUUAAAAACAAGGAAAUCAACAGGUUCCCAAUUAUACAUGGCACUCACGUUACCAACACUGCAGGUACUGGAUUGGUACACACAGCUCCUGGGCAUGGUCAGGAUGAUUAUUUGGUGGGUUUGAACCAUAAUAUUGAAAUAUAUUCCCCAGUUGAUGAUAAGGGAAGGUACACAUCGGAGCUUCUACCAGGCUUCGAGGAGUUGGCAGGAUUGAAAGUUCUUAAGGAUGGUACCUCAAAAAUGUUGGAAUUGUUGAAAAAUAGUGGCAUGGUGUUGGAUAUUAAUUAUAAUUAUAUUCAUUCUUACCCAUAUGACUGGAGAUCUAAGAAGCCUAUUGUUAUUAGAGCCACGCCUCAGUGGUUCACCGACUUAUCUUCCAUUAAAAAUGAUGCGAUGAAAGCAAUUGAUAAAGUGAAGUUCCAUCCCGAAAGAGGAUAUAACAGAUUAUCUAGUUUCAUCAAUACCAGAAAUGAAUGGUGUAUUUCAAGACAAAGAUUUUGGGGGGUACCAAUUCCAGUGUUUUAUCACAAGGAAACCAAUGCGCCUUUGAUUACCGAAGAGUCCAUUGAUUAUGCAAUUCAGAAAAUCGGAGAGUUUGGCACUGAUGCUUGGUUUGAAGAGGAAGAAUCUGUUGAAAGAUGGUUACCAGAGUCUUACAAAUCACAAGGAGCUCAAUAUCAAAAGGGCACUGAUACCAUUGAUGUUUGGUUUGACAGUGGCUCAAGUUGGACCAUUAUUGAGGAAAUAUUACAAGAAAAAAAUAUCCUUGCUAAUCGUAAAUUUGUUGCUGACAUUUAUUUGGAAGGCUCAGAUCAACAUCGUGGCUGGUUCCAAUCUUCAUUAUUGACCAAAAUGGCCGCCAAAACUAUUAUCAGCUCUAAUGAGAAUAAAGAGAUUGCUUCUAAUGCGCCAUAUUCUACAAUCAUUACCCAUGGUUUCACUCUUGAUGCCAAGGGCCAAAAGAUGUCGAAAUCUAUCGGUAACACCAUUGAUCCAAUUGCUGUUAUUAACGGAGACAAUAAGCAACAAAUCCCGAAAAUUGGGGUUGAUGGAUUAAGAUUAUGGAUAGCCUCAAGUGAUUAUACUAGUGACUUGUCUUUGAGUCCAGUAAUCUUAAAACAUGUUGCUGAUAAUUUGAAAAAAAUCAGAAUCACUUUCCGGUACUUGCUUGGGAACUUGGAAACCAAAAAUGAUAGUGUAUUGACAAUGUUUAGUAAUCCUCAAGACUUUGAGUGUGAUUUGCAAAAAUUAUCCAACAUUGAUAAAUAUAUUUUGGGGAAAUUGCACAGCUUGAUAAAGAAUGUUGAUUCUUACAACUCGACAUUCCAAUAUAACAGAAUUAUUCAGGAGUUGAAUUAUUUUAUGAACAUUGAGCUAUCAGCGACUUAUUUCAACAUUAUCAAGGACAAAUUAUACGCAGAUGACCAUUCCAGAUCACAAUCUGUCAAAUCAAUCAAGUUUGUACUUUAUGAAGUUUUGAAAGGAUAUUUGUAUAUUUUGUCCCCAAUUUUGCCAGUUAUUACCCAAGAAGUAUGGUCGCAUGUUCCUAAAGUUCUUUUUUCUGAUGUGAUGUCGCCAUUAGUUCAUAAUUAUGACUUCAGCAAUUUGGAAAAGUUGGCUGCUAGCAAAGAAGGACAAUCUGUUGAAAAACUUUUUGAGAAAGUUUGGCAGCUUAGAGACGGAGUUCAAAAAGUCAUCGAGGUAGGCAGAAAACAAGAUAAGUUAAUCAAGAAUUCCCUUGAGACUAACUUGAUCAUUGACUCAAAAUAUAUUAAAGAUUUGAUAGCUGAAGCUUCAUGCUCUGAGGAGGAGCUUGCGGAUAUUUUGCUUGUUUCUGAGGUGAGGUUUGAACAAUUCUCUAAAGAUCAAAAUGAGGCGAAAAAGGAAGGUAAUUAUGCCUACUUUCAGAACAUUCCAGUGGGUCAGACUAGUGUUGAUGUUAAAAUAGUCAAUGCUUCAAAAUUCAAGUGUCCGAGAUGUUGGAAGUUUACUAGCAAGGUCAAGGAAGAACUUUGUGGCCGUUGUGAUGAUGCUGUUCAUCAACACUAG